AUGAGCAAGAAGAUCCAUGAAGCUGAUUCCGACUCCGACGUGGAGGAUGGUGGCGUCAAGCUCAAUGCACCCACGGAGAACUCAACCGAUGCCAUGGAUAUAGAUGUCCCACCAACUCCUGCCGACAAGAGACAGGCUGCAGCCCUGGCUCGCGCCGAACGAGCUGAGCGUAGAAAACAAAGACGUGAGGAAUUAGCGGUGAUAGGAGGCUCCCAGAUGUCUUCCUUGGCUAGCACACCGAACCCCGAGUCCGAACCCGUGUCGCCUGCGCUGAAAGCUCAAGAGACGAAGCCAAGGGGAAGGAAGGGGGCAAGAAAGAGCACGAAUAUGGCCGAGAAGGAAGAGGAAGAAGAAAAGCCAGAGGACAACGCAGCGACAGCGACAGCAACUCCCAACGAGGCCCCAGCAGCAACAGAGCCAGCACUAGCACCAGCUCCUGUUCCUACUCCCAAUCCUGUAUCACUUGCCGAGCCGCUUCCCUGCAUGAUCGAUGUGAAUCCCACCAAGGCCAAGGUCGUCAUCGACACAAGCGCGUCUGUGGCUGGCGACGGCACUUCCAUUGCCCCCAGCUCGGUGAACGGCGGCGACAGCCAGCAGGGAGGCCCCAACCGCGCCGCGAGGCGGCGGCAGAUGCAGAUUGGCAACCGCCGCAAGGCGAUCAAGAAGGAGCUCGGCAUACCCGCCGAUUCCGACGAGCGUGCGGAGGAGGUGGGCAAGCUGCUGGCGGCCUGGACUGCGGAUUUUGACGAAAAGACCGAGGCGCGGGCGGCCAAGAAGCAGGCCAAGAAGGAGUCGUCCCGGGCAAAAGCAAAGGGUAAGCUUCACACAGGACGAAACAACAAAAAUGAUGAGAAGCAGAAGCAGAUAAAGAAGCAGAAACAAAAAAAGGCCCUAAGAGACCGGCAGGGGCAGGAAGGCAACUAG